AUGGCGGCCGAAGCGAGAAGAGAAGCGAGACRCAAAAGAAUCUUGGAAAAUUCCGGUGAACGACUUCAAAAAAUCAUAGACAGUCAAAAUUUGUCUCCUAARACAAAUGACGAAUGUAUUGAUCGUCCAACUUUGGAAUUUCAAACGAACGAUUUCUCUGAAACCAGCGAAAACAUCUCGAAGAAAGAAUUGACUUUGACAGAUUCAAAAGUUGAAGGACACUUUUCAUCUUCAGUUCCGACUUUGGAUGAAGAAACGAGRAAAGAAAACGAAAACCAUUUAGAUAAAUUAACGAAGGACGAGACUAGUGGAACGACAGAGGUUAAAGAAAGAUGGAAUGGAAGUUGGAUUCGUUUUUGUUUGAAUGUAUUGCUUGGCGUCUUUCUUGUCGUUGUUUCAAAACGUCAAGACAACGGAAUCCUUCAGUAUUUCUUCGGACCAUGGAUUGCGCUACAGAUAUUCAUGUUUUCUGUUCCACUGUUAAGACAGGAAAUUUCAUCGUAUUGGCUUUCACUGUUUAAGGUCGCCCUACAGCUGUCUGGAAUUCCUGCYAAUUACACAAGUGUUUUCAAUACUUUCUAUAUAUUUGUUGUUCAUUUGCUGUUAGAUUUGCCAUUUUUUAUUUUCACCACAGUAAUGACAAUGCACAUUUCAGUACUUAUAUCUGGUCUGGAAUCGUUUUGAAAAAUUGCAAAGUAUUCAUUGAAUCAAUGUUCUGUUAAUUCGAUAUGGGGUAGAGAGUACACAUGCAACUAAUUUAUAUGGGAUUUUUUCAACAAAAAAAAUAUAUAUAUAUAUAUUGGCAAGAGUAAAAGUUUGUUACUGUAAGCGUUGUGAACGUUUUUGACAAGUGUCAUCUUCAGAAAUUUAAGAACAAUAAGAAAUAUAUACUAAGCAAUUCCCAAAGUGAAAAGAUAUGCACCGAAUCGCUAAAACUUUGACAUUUAGCGAUAUAUAUACAUAUAUAUGUAUUCCCUUUUUC